AUGGCUCCUCUCACAAGGUCUUCUCGCACCUUGCGGUCGCAGGUUCAACCAGCGCCCAAGACAUCAGAAAUCAUCAACAUUGACGACGACGACGAGGAGCGCAUGGAUGAGGGCCAGAGCUUCGAAAGUGGAGAUGAGCUAGAGGAAGGGACUGAGGAAGAGAUUGAGGAAGACGAAAUGGACGAGGAGAUGGACGAUGUCAAUGGCGAGAUCUCGGAGACAGGGUCCGGCUUUCCAGUUUUGGAUCACAAUCUGAAGUCUAUGAUGAGCUUUGCAAGUGGAGCCCCAGACUCGCCUCAGUUGUUCACCGCUGCCGGCGCGCAGGAAGCUCUCCACCCACUUCGCCGCACCGCCGACCGUGUCACUCGUCAGAUUGAGGCCUACGCCGACAAGCUCGAUCAAUUCAAGCGCAAGAACACCACCGACGAGUUUCAAAGCAUUCAGGCAGCCUACAAGCUAGUGGAAAGUUACCGAGACCUCGCACAGAAUGGCAUCCAGGAUUUGAUCAAACAGCAAACCCUCAAGCGCGCGAAGGCCGGAUUCCGACAGAGCGGUGGGAGUGACGCAAAGGACGGUGAAGAUGUGCUAAGAUUGCAGUACGAGGCUGAUACUUGGCGUCUACUUCUCAAUCUCAUCAGUAUCGAUGACCCGGCCAGUCGCGCCAGCUUCAAAGAAGGUCAGCGAACAGCAUUCCAGAACCUGCACCGGUACUCGACAGAUCGCGAAAUCUGGCAAGAAUUCAUGAACUCCGAUCACUAUGCCGUCGAGUGUGUUCUUUCGAUGAGAUGGUUGGAGGAGACAGCGAAGACAGGGCCCCAGGAGUUGGACGGUUUGAUCGCCGACAUGGAAGCGCAAGCGGAAAGAGGCCAGGGUCUGUGGGCUCAUGGAUGGCUGUUCACGAAAGAAGCCAUCAAGGGACACAAGCGACUGCGCGCCUGGCCGCAACCGCUGGAGCCGAACGAUCCGAGCAUUUCACGCUCUCUGUUGAGCAAUGACACGCAACGGCCCUUGGUAACACAGCUCGACCCAGAUGCUCUUACUCGGCAAAAGAACGAUCUGCAGCCCCAGGAUGAGUUCUUCGAGCGAGCCACAUGGAUGACCUGCUGGAAGAUGCUCAGACAGGGCGAGAACUGGACCAAAAUUCGGGAAUGGGCGCAUGGUCGCCUCGAGAACUGGAGGGCUGUCAGUCUCUGUGGUGCUAGCGUCGAUUCAAACACCCCCAAAACAAGGACACCUGUUGACGAUGGGAUGACUCGCAUGAUGAACAGCCGUUCCCACGACUCAUGGCGUGCUGCUUGCGCUGCUCUGACACGAAGCCCGAAGACAGAUGAGUUCCAGCGUGCUGUGUAUGCCCUCCUCUGUGGUGAAUCAGAGCCCGCAAACACAGCCUGCAGUACAUGGGAUGAUUUCCUUUACGUCUACUUGAACCGUGUUGUGCUUUCACGCUAUCGUGGUUUCUGUAAUCAGUUCCAGCACAAGCUCAGCCAUUCUCCUACCUCUCCUGUUGCAUUCAAGCCCGAGCCAGCUGGCCAUGCCGACCUGCGGAAGUUCAUUGAAUACCUGCGAGGCAACGAGCGUGUCGGUUAUGAGGCACGCAAUCCCUUCCGUGGCAUCCAAGCUGCAAUUCUUAGCAAGAGCUAUGAAUCCUACUUCUCAUUACUUGCAAAGGCAGUAUCUCAAGUUAACAUCGACCACUUUGGAGCGUCCUCUAUUGUUCCCGCUGUAAAUGGAGUGCCCGUGGAGGAAUCUUUCAUCAUCGCUGCAGACGACGACGAGGCCUUGAAAAUGGCUACCCACAUCUAUGUUGUCGUUCAAUCUAUCGGAUAUGCUCCCUCCGACACUCAAUUCCACGAAACAGCUUCCAUAAUGGUGACAGGAUACCUUUCAAACCUGGAAGAAAGGGGUCUAUAUGAUCUCGUACCCCUUUAUGCGUCUCUUCUUCCGACGGACAUGUGCCACAGUGUCUUCUCAAAGGUUUUGAUUGAGAUCACCGACCCCACAGACAGAAAGCAGCAAAUUCGUCAAAUGCAAAAGCAUGGCAUCGAUGUUGAAGCUGUUCUGGAUGCUCAGUGGUCGUGGCUCAGCGCUGGUGUUUCUUCGAUUGAGCAUUCUAGCAAUGUUACCGGAUACUCACGAGUGGUCCGGCGACCGGACGGUACCCGGGUACUGAUGCCGCCAAAGAAGGACUUGAUUGGUACUGCUAUUGCAGACGAGGACGAGAAAAUGAUACGCAGUCUAGAGUGGCUUCGCUCUGCUGGUGGACAAUGGUCUAAGAUUUGCAAGCUUGGAGCUUGGCUCUACCGCAAAUUCUUUGUCGCUGGUAAGCUUGCUGCCGCUCGUGAGUUGAGCCAGCGUAUGAAUCUGUCAAUGGUGUCACAAGAAAGUUUUGGCAUGGACAUCUUUGAAUUUCCAGUCUUCGACCACCUGUUGCAGGACGAUUCUGCGCCAGCUAGCCCAUCAAAGUCUAAGAGGAAUAGCCUUCACCGUCGCAGUCUCUCGAGCACCAAUGGUGGUUUAAGUAACGGCAACAGUGCUUACCAAAAAGCUACUCGGAUGUACAAUCUUGAAACUCUUGCUUUUGGAUUCGAUGCCCUGGAGCAAUUUGCUCUUGCCUACGAUCAAAUCUCCAAGACCAAGCGUCGCAGAGAUUCGGGAGCGGUCAAGGAUUCUCUGCAGGAUUUAGCAGCCUUGCUGGAGCAAGCGGAGACUAAUGUUGGCUUGGUUGUAGAUGAAUGGCUUGUCAAAGCCGAGGAUGCCGAGGAAGAAAGCGAUUAUGAGCACAUUCGCCAAACCUAUCUUCCAGACCUGAUUUUGGAUUACCAUAAUGCUCUCUACUAUGCCAGCCAUUCCCUCGAGAAGCCUCUCUUGUUGGCUCAGUGCAUGACGGUAUCCAUUUGGGUCGCCAGCACCCCGCAUCUGACCCGCAGCUUCACUGAGUCGAAGCGUAUGUCGGAGCUUAUGGACGCCUUGGCCUUGUCCAGCAAAGCCAUGGUUCUCACCGACCCGAAGGAAGAUCGGGUCUAUGAUAAUGGGCAGACAUUGGGCAUCUGGCGGGUGAGUGGGCCGGAGAAUGAUGAGGCUGUGUUCGAGCCACGCAAGUAA